CUACCUGAAAUCAAAUACAAAACCAACCAAUUUUCUCUAUUCAAAAUAAAUUUUGUUUUUUAUAAUUGAAUUCCCACCAAUACACCCAACACAAAAAACUAGUUCUUGAGUUGCUGCAAGCCCAAGAGAGAGAAGCCAAGAAACACAGAAACCCUGUAAAGUACCUCCUUUUGUUUGCGUUCUUCUUCUAUUUUGUCUCUUUUCCCUUUUUUCAACUCCAAAAUCCCUCUUUUUCAACGAAAGAGUUGGGCAUCAGCUCACAAUUCACAAACCCAGAGCGUCCUCCAAAACCCAAUCAUCCGAUCUUGCUUUUUGUUAAUGAUAUUGGCCCAGAUUCUUGCUUAUGACGUUUGGUCACUGUCGGCUUCUCCUAUCUGAUCAGCGAGAUUGGUGCUGGGCUAAGUACUUUUCUCAUUCUUGAAGAUACUCACGGGUUUUCCAUGGACAGAGCCCGCUCUUUAAUCCAGACCUUGUGAUAUUGCAGGAAACGUUGCGUCGAGAGAGGGAAGCAAGAACUGUUCUUGAAAUUCUGAGGGAACAAAUGGACGAUACGGAUGGAGCGAGAGACGGGAGGAGGACCUUCAAGCAACGGCUCAGAUUGAAUGGGUUUGGCUGCUGUGGGGCCGCCUGGGUUUUUGGACGAACGGCGGCGAUAAGCGUAAGAGAUGGCGAUGAGGACGACCAAGAACCACAAAACCAUCAUCUACCACUACCACCACCACAACGAGUUGUAAGUGUGGUGGGCCCGGCUCAACCGGUCAACAAUUGGGAUCAGGAUUGCGUGGGUCCGAUUUCGACCGGGUCGGGCAUGAACUUGGCUGCCGCCUUAGCAGCCGAGCGUCAGUUUCGGGCACCGCAAGAAUCGGACGGAGGAGGGUCGGUGGUGGGGCCCGCGGGUGACGGAAGUGCAGUAGCAACGGCACCUGGCACGCCGACGAGAGUGUCGUUGAUGAGAUUGCUGGAGGAAACGGAAGUGGACGGCUGUGAUACGUUUGGAGGUGCGACGACAGAGAGCGACAAAGCAGAGGGAGGGAUGGGCAAUGAUACGGUGUGCUGCGUGUGCAUGAGCAGGAAGAAAGGUGCAGCUUUCAUCCCAUGUGGGCACACCUUUUGCAGAGUGUGUUCGAGGGAGGUGUGGUUGAAUCGAGGGUCUUGUCCCCUCUGCAACCGUUCGAUCCUCGAGAUCCUCGAUAUAUUCUAAGAUGGUUUGAUGAUCAACAAUACAAAAAGAGGAACUACAUUGAUUCGAUUGGGAGAUGCCUAGAGAUUCGUGUGAUUGUUCAAGUCUUGAUGGCGGAGUUCUCAAUCGCAGAAAAAUUCAAUUGAAUUGUUCAAAUGUAAUUGUUUUUACUCUAUUUUCUUCUUCUUUUUCGCAACCUGCAAAGUACAAUGAAGCUGCAACGAUUUUGUGAUUGUUUUUUUCA